AUGCUUAACCUCUUUUCAAGGUCAACAGGUCGACACUACUCAAACAGGUUUGAGUACAGCAGUACCAACAUCUCGCGAAGGCAGUCGGUCACACCAAGUGGAAAGACCUUCCGACGACACACAUUUGAGGGAACUGGAACACCCUCAACACCACUUGCAUCCCCACGUCACACUUCAAAAGCAGCUCUUCUCCCAGGACAUCCAGAGAGCAUGGACCGCUUCACCACCACGCUGGAACAACUGUCUGGUUUAUUAGGUUGGAAACGAAAGGAGUCUUUCCAGCCUGAGUUUUUCGAAGCAUGGGAUCGGCAUACAACUCUACUGAGUGAAUUCCGAGAGAUCAUGGGUCUUGUGGAGCACAUUGAAAAGGUCUACGAGGCUUCGAAAAACCAACAGCCACUCGCAAGAUUUAAGCAAUUGAAGGCUUGUAUACAAAGAACUCACCUAUUUUUGCAAGUCUGUGCAGUGCAUUCCAGCGUAGCAAAGGACGUGGCAAUGUACUACUCAAGGAAUGGCGGGAGCGAAUCGGAUCUCAGUUUUCAAAGAUCCAUCCAGCGUGGGUCGGUGAUCGGUAGCCUUGCAAAAGAGGCCGAAGCUUUCCGGAUAAGGGAACAGGCUUUUGACAGGGUCGAUCUACAGCAGCUGAUGAGUGAUUUGGGUCGCCUGAAGGAGGAAAAUGAAGUGCUGACAGUGCAGAGUAAACUCCUUUUGGCAGAACUCAAGUGGCUCUGUGACCGAUACACCGAUAUGCAAGGCGCCAAUCCCAUCUCCAAGUACUUCUUCCUCAAACGCAUCAUUCGGAAAGUCAUCUAUGGCGAUACUUUACGAGAAGUUUCAUCAAUGAAGAGCCCCGUCCAAAUGGUGGCGUAA